CGUUGGCUUUGCGUCAUUCUUCUCUAUCUUCAAUCCAUACGAGGUUCCUUUUUAUAUUAUUCCAUCUCAAUCACGCUUAUCAAUCGCCAUCCUCUCCAUGGACAGUCCUCUUUUCUCUCCCGCCAAGGCACGUCAAGCUGCCAUUGAAGCCAAGGACUGGGCCUAUGUGAACUCCUGGCUGAGCCGGCAGUAUGCGCCUAACCCAGUUCCCCAAUUUGAACGGAAUGAAGACACAUUACGGACCUUGCUUGCCCUGGCUGCCGCCAAUGAUACGGCGGAUCAAGAGGCAAUGGUAGUGCAUGAAGCACGCGAGCAAGCUGUCCAGGCCUUCCAGUUUCAAGAACAGGGCGAGGAGCCCAAGAAAAUCGAAAUUCUUGAUGAGAUAGAGCUCUCGCUUGAUGAGAGCGGCAGACAGGGUCUUUACGAUCUGGCGGAAACAACUGCAGUUCUUGGGGCAUUGAGCACCGACGCAGUGGACCUCGGUCAGUCCAUCAUUGACCUCACAACGGAGGAGUUCAACGUGCAGGAGCAAAUGUCUAAAGUUGAAGCACUACAAAACUAUCUGGAGAGGGAACUGGCUACGUUGCGGACGCAAUUGGAUGACCUCCAAAAUAAUGAAGCUUUUCAGACGCCUGCUGAUCUGCCAGCGAUAACGGCGGAGUGGACACGGAAUACCAAGUCGCUCAGUGCGAAAGCGAGUGAGUAUCGGGACAGGAUCAGUUCUCUUUUAAGGAACAGGGGCAAGGAACCUCGGCUGGAAGAUGUCAUGGCAAAAGAGGCGGACGUGAUAAUGCUUCUUGGGACAGUCCAGAAUUUGGAAACUAGGAUAACUGUGCUCCAUGAAUUACCCGAAGAUGUCCCUGGAGCUCGAACGAAAUGCAAAGAGCUAGAAAGGGUACUCUCCAGACUUGUUCGUGAACGAAAUGCAAUUGCUGACAGGUAA